UGAUCUUCCAUGAUACUUAGAGGACAAGACAGCAAACACCAAGCACAAAGCUAAUACACCAAGAGGGUUGAAAAUGCCUCUGACUAUCAAAGCAAGUGUUAAGGAAAACAUAAUCCAUACAAAGCCACUGAACCAAGAUGAUUUCGCAAUAUUUGGCACUGUAAUUCAAAACCCCGCACCAGAGGUAAUCCCAUCAUCAACAAUCAAGGCCUUACCAACAAACUCGGUACAAGCGAACCAAGGUACCGCACUGAAGUACUUGGAUGUCACGCAUAUGAAAGAUUACUACGGGAGUGCUCCUAGUCAACGGGUCGCGAAUGCAGUCAUGAACAUGUUUGUAUGCUCAUCUCGUUCGCUUCUCCCGUCUCACGAUAGCAAUAUCAAGGGUUUAUUUCCCGUCACCAUACUGGAAAGACAUCCUUUCACGACUCAAACAUUCAUACCUCUCGGGAUAUCACCCUCGGAGCAAGAUGAUGUAUGUUACUUGGUUGUCGUAGCACCGAGUUUAACGCCGUCAUUGAUUGAUGAAAAAUUACCCGUCCCCGUUCUCUCUCCUCAGUCGAAUACGAGCGAUGGUAAUGGCGAAAAACUUCCUGGUCGCGGUUUGCCGGACCUGAAUAGAAUUCAGGCCUUCCUAGCGAAUGGUUCACAGGCGGUCACUUAUGGAGCGGGGACCUGGCAUGCUCCGAUGGUAGUCGUGGGGAAGAAGCCCAUUGAUUUCGUCGUGGUGCAAUUUGCCAACGGGGUAGGGAUUGAGGACUGUCAAGAGGUAGAGCUGGAGAAGACAGAUAAGGAUAAUUGCGUGGCCGUCCCACACUUGUCAAGGAAUGCUACCUGGAAAUUAUGAUGGCUUUCGGAUCAAGAUCUUGAUUUAGAAGCGACUGGUAUUACAGAAUGAUAUUCUUGUUUUGCGAAUAUUACGAAUUACAUGCUUAGAAAGUAUCUUUGCCUCACAUUCUUAUCAUCACUCCCCUUGUUUGCAGUCCCGUGGUGGUAAAGACGUUGAUGCACAUCAUCUCCACUACCAUGGUAACUAUUAAUCGUUAUAGCUUUGGAUUCAGGAUAGAGUAGCACCACCGUCGAUGAAUUUGUAUGUAUCUUUGGUACUUAGUGUAGGUCGGCGACCUAGGCUGUCGGCCACGGUAUGUACCUAUAGAGGUCCCCGAUACCUCAACGAUAGAAAACUACAAAACCUC